ACUUCAUGUUUGACAAAGUAAACCUUUCCCUUUCGACCCAGCUGCAUUGCAUGCCCAUUUAUGACUCAAACCAACACCAACUCUUGCAAUGAAAGUACCAAAUCAUCCCUCAACUGUAUGAUCCACUCAAUUCCAGGAAGGCCAACAAGAACUAACCGCUUCCACUCUUUUGAAACUUUCAGCAAACAAAACCAAUAGGUUAAGACAAAGAAGGACAAAACUUGCAAUUAUCAAUGAGCAGAAAAAGUAGGACAGCGUAUUUGUUUUCAGAAUCCUCAUUUCCCCCUCUACUUUGAUGGCUUUGUAUAUGAUGCCUCAAUCAUGGCUUCUUUUGAGCCUUUUUUUCGUUUCAAUACUAACCUGUCAUUGCCAGAUUAACAAUUCUCCUCAGAACAUUGAGACUUUUUUUCCAAAUGAAACUUCAGCUCCAGGACCAGCAACACAACAACCUAAGCCACCACGACCAUCAGAACCAACCCAAAAGCAGGACCAGGGACCAGUGGCUACUCCCAAAAGUACUUCAUCAAAUGGUAAAAUAGCUAAGGCUGUGGCUGCGACUGCAGCAAGCACUAUAGUACUUUGUGGUUUGAUUUUCUUCUUGAUUCAGAGGUGCCUAAGGUCAAGAAGGAGAAAGGAGAUUACUAACACUGCUUCUGGUGGGGACGGCCGUGUUGUGCCUCAGGGAAAUGUGUUUGAGAGAAUUGAUGGAAAUGUCAAGGGACUAAUUGUUGAUGAGGAUGGUUUGGAUGUGAUUUAUUGGAGAAAACUUGAAGGAAAGAACUCCAACAUAGAUCUUCAUAAAGAGGUCGCCAGUAGUCCCAAAAACAAGGAAAAAGAAGAUGAUCAUCAUGAUCUUGAAGAAAAUCAAGUGAAAAAAUCCAAGUCCAUCCAAGAAAUUCCUUUGCUUCGAGGGAAAUCUUCAACUUCCCACUUAAACAUACCUCCAGGAGAUGAUGAACCAUACAAAAUUACAAGAAUUCCCCCUCCACCUUCUGCUUCUACUCUACCUCCUACAAUUCCCAGUCUUCCUGCAUCAGUUGGGGUUGCUAUCAAGGGUGUUCAGAAACCAGACUCUCCAACUGAAUCAUCCACUCCACCCCCUCCUGCUUCACCAUCAACACCACCCUCGACUUCUUUCUCAGCAGUUCCAAAAAUGAGUAGCUCUACACCAGCACGUCCACCUCCUCCAAUGCCAGAGAGAAAGAGUCCAGCAGCACCACCUGCUCCUCCCCCAAUCCCAGCUAGAAUGAGUCCAGCACCACCACCUCCUCCACCAUCAUCAAAAUCACGACCUGCUUCCGUUGAAAUGCCAGUUAUCAAGCAAAGAAACUCUUCAGGGAAAGGCAUGCCAGAUACCAGCAGUGAUCAAGUGAAGCUGAAGCCUUUGCAUUGGGACAAGGUGAAUACUAAUGCUGAUCACUCCAUGGUUUGGGACAAAGUUGAUCGUGGUUCUUUCAGGGUUGAUCAAGAUCUUAUGGAAGCUCUCUUCGGUUAUGUCGCCACCAACCGAAGAUCUCCCAAAGGAAAGAGUCACUCCACCAUUCCAAGGAAGGAUGAAUCAGCUCCAGCGGCAAAAAUUUUCCUCCUUGAUCCCAGAAAAUCACAGAACAUUGCUAUUAUUUUGAAAUCUCUUGCAGUCUCACAGAGCAACAUUCUUGAUGCCCUCAUUGAUGGCAAGGGACUCAAUGCAGACACACUUGAAAAACUGUCUAGAGUUUCCCCCACAGAAGAAGAGCAAUCUCUUAUCCUUGAAUACAAAGGAGACCCGGAAAGACUUGCAGCAGCUGAAUCAUUUCUUCAUCGCAUCCUCAAAGCCGUUCCUUCAGCCUUUAAGCGCUUGAAUGCUAUGCUAUUCAGGUUGAACUAUGAUUAUGAGAUUCAAGAAAUCAAGGAAUCUCUGCAGACAAUUGAACUGGGGUGUAAGGAAAUGAAAAGCAAGGGACUUUUUGUGAAGCUUCUUGAAGCAGUGCUUAAGGCCGGAAACCGAAUGAAUGCAGGAACUGCAAGGGGAAAUGCUCAAGCUUUCAACUUGGCUUCUCUAAGGAAGCUCUCUGAUGUGAAGAGCACCAAUGGAAAAACCACAUUGCUUCACUUUGUGGUUGAAGAAGUAGUCCGUUCUGAGGGAAAACGCAUUGCUCGUAACCACAUUGGGAACUUGAGCCGUAGUAGUAGCAGGAGCAGCAAUGAUAAUGAGAACUAUGAGAGCAAUGCUGCUUCAAAUGAGCAGAUAGCAAGAGAACAUGUAACACUAGGAUUGCCAAUUGUAGGAGGGAUCAGUUCUGAAUUCUCCAAUGUUAAGAAAGCAGCACAAAUAGAUUACAGCAAUUUGGUUGGUUCAAUUUCAGCACUCUCAACCCGGCUAGUUGAAAUUCAAGAACUUGUUUCCAAGUGUGGAAGUGGUGAAGCAGGAUAUUUUGUGAAAGAAAUGGGUGAUUUUAUUGGAAAUGCUAGGGAAGAACUGAAAUUUGUGAGAGACAAGCAAGCAAGUGUAAUGCAGCUUAUCAAGAAAACAACACAAUAUUAUCAAGGAGGAGCUUCAAAAGACACUGCAGAAGACAGUCUUCAACUGUUUGUAAUAGUGAAGGAUUUUCUGGGAAUGGUUGAUCAAACUUGCAUUGAGAUUGCCCGUGAUAUGCAGAAGAGAAAGACUCCCAAGGCAAUUUCUGGGUAGUCAUCAUCAGUGGCACCAGGACAAAUUAGUCUUGAGAUUUUCAGUAACUCUAAAAGUUGCCCAAGUGAUUCAACUUAUGCUGUUGGAUGAGGGGGCCAAAGUCCCUUAAAUAAGAGUUCUGAAAGAUUGGAGUUUUGUUGUUACACUGUUCAAAUUCUUGAGAGUUUGUGAAUGAUCUGGAAUUCAAAGACUAGCUUUACUGAACAUUGGAUGUUCAGAAAUAUUGUGAAAGUAGACUAAGCUUCUAAAAUUCAGGGGCUGAAACAAUCUUUAUGGUGCCAUCAUUUUUCCAGUAUUGAACUUCUAAGUGUACGUGUCAAUAGUUCUUGCGAAAUUUGUAAUUUUUAAUUGUCGUGUAUAUCAUUGUGGAUUCUUUUAGCAUUAACCAGAACUUGCUCGUCUUAGUUUGUAUUUCCUAGUCGUAAAUACUCUUGUAAUUUGUAAUUUUGGAUAAAUGGGAUUUUAUUUAAAAUUUUUCAGAUAUGAUUUCAAAGCAACUGACUUGGCAUGGAUCACAGGUCACAAGGGAACAAGUCAAUGCAAAACAAGAGUUGACUUCAUGAGCCAAUGGAAAUCAUGUCAUCAAUACCGAAAGGUUAUUUUUUUAUUCGCCAAGAUAUUGAAUCAAAUUUGCCACCCA